AUGUGUGGGAGAUAUGCUAUGGCAUAUAGCAGCGAUGAGCUUCCACAGCAGUUUGCCCAUUAUAAUAUGAACAUUAAGGCACCAGAGAAACAUUAUGAUAAAUCCUACAAUGUAGCCCCUACAAAUGUGUCGGCAGUUUACAGACCAAAGGAUGAUGUUUUAAAAUAUAUGAAAUGGGGGCUGGUUCCACAUUGGACCAAAGAUGUAGCUAAUUUCAAGUCUUUUAGGACAUUUAACGCUAGGGAGGAAAGUUUACAAAGUAGCAGGAUGUGGUCCCAAUGUUGCAACCACAAGAGGUGUGUAAUACCAAUAAGUGGGUACUAUGAGUGGAAGACUAAUGGUAGGAGUAAGACGCCCUUCUAUGUGACUAGGAAAGAUAAUAAACUAAUGUUCUUGGCUGGAAUGUAUGACUAUGUGCAAAAGGAUGAUCUCUACACUUAUACUAUUAUUACCGGCAAUGCACCAGAGGGACUUAAGUGGUUACAUGAACGUAUGCCUGUUGUAUUGGAGCCAGGCACUGAUUCAUGGAAUAAUUGGUUAGGCGAUCAGAACAAAUGGAGUCAGGAGGAAUUGGAUAAAGUGUUGGCAACGAUAUUCAAUGAAGAAACGAUGGAAUGCUAUCAGGUGAGUAAUGAUGUAGGUAAAGUUUCCAUUAAUGAAGGGUACUUAACAAAGCCUAUCUUUAAACAGAAUAAAGGUGUAAAGCAGGAGGACUCACAGACUCAGGAAGAGAAGCAGAGUCCAAAGAAAGAGGAUAUCCAAGUGAAGGAGGAAAAGCCGAAUCCACGUAAAAGGGACAUCGUCCAAAUGCUUUCACCCCGUAAAAAGCAACACCACUAG